AUGUCAUCUAAAUUAAAAAUCCUCGUACCAGUAAAACGAGUAAUUGAUUAUGCUAUAAAACCAAGAAUAAAUAAAACAAAUACAGGUGUUGAAACAAAAGGAGUAAAAUUCAGUAUAAAUCCAUUCUGUGACAUUGCAUUAGAGGAAAGUAUAAGACUUAAAGAAAAACAACCUGAAAAAAUAGAUUCAAUUCAUGCUGUUUCUAUAGGUCCUACAAAAGCUCAAGAUAUUUUAAGAACUGCAUUAGCUAAAGGUGCAGAUGAUUCUACUUUAAUAGAUGUUGGUGAAGAUAUAGUGGAACCAUUACAAGUUGCAAAAAUUUUGAAAUCAAUAGUUGAAAAAAAUAAUUCUAAUUUAGUGGUUUUAGGAAAACAAGCCAUAGAUGAUGAUUCAAAUCAAACUGGGCAAAUGCUUGCGGGAUUAUUAAAUUGGCCACAAGCUACAAAUGCAUCAAAAGUAGAAAUUAAAGAUAAUGAUGAAAUAUAUGUAACUAGAGAAAUAGAUGGAGGUGAAGAUACUAUUAAAGCUAAAUUACCAAUGAUUAUAACGGUAGAUUUAAGAUUAAAUGAACCAAGAUAUGCAAGUUUACCAAAUAUAAUGAAAGCUAAAAAGAAACCAUUAACAAAAUUAAAAUUAAAAGAUGUUGGAAUAGAUUCAAUUGAUAAUAGAUUGGAAGUAUUAAAAGUUGAAGAACCACCUGCAAGAGAAGCUGGUGUUAAAGUUGGAAAUGUUGAUGAAUUAAUUUCAAAAUUAAAAGAUUUAAAAGCUAUUUGA